AUGGAUGAGAAGAAUGAGGAAGCCAUGGCGGUGCCCAUGCCAACAUCGCCGACAAAGGUGGUCUGCAUUGCAGAUCCGCCACACGGAAUCAUCUCUGAUCCCGAAAAGACCAAAAUCUCAGAGCUUCCAUCUAACAAAGGAGCCUCGGCUAGGAAGCCAAAGGGUCACAGGAGGAACUACACCCUUGAUGUGGAGGCUCAAAUCACUCUGCCCGAAGACCCUGAGCGCAAGCCAUUUGCUCAUGCGAGAUAUGUCAUCUUCACUGUAUACCGUCGGCUCUUUACGACGGUGUUCUGCGCAAACCUUGCUUGUUUCCUUUACGUGAUGAUCUCUGAUCGGCAACUUUUGGCGCUAGUGAACGCGACAGCUGUCAAUUUGGUGGCAUGCGGUCUCGCUAGACACCCGAUGGUCGUCAAUGCCAUCUAUAGAAUUGUGUGUUCUCUUCCUAGAUCUGCACCACUUUGGCUACGCCGCACAGCUGCCAAGGCGGCUCAUUACGGCGGCGUCCACAGUGGUUGUGGUGUUGCCUCGUUGAUCUGGUACAUUGGAUUUGUCGCGAUGGUUUCCAAAACCAAAUUCACAUCAUCUCCCAUCAGCCCAUUGACGCCUCUGCAAUUUUCGGCAGCGCCGAUUGUUCUGGCAUAUAUCAUUCUGGUGCUUCUCAUGGUGAUGGUGAUUGUGGCGCACCCUGCAAUCCGCCGAAAGUUCCACGAUUACUUCGAGUUCACUCACCGAUUCACAUCGUGGCUGAUUCUGGCACUCUUUGUUGUCCUUGUGAUGGUCUUUGCACAUGAAGUCGCUCCAGCCCAGAAGGACUCGCUUGGUCACUUCCUCAUUACUCUGCCUGCAUUCUGGCUUCUUAUCGCUGCAGUCCUUGCUGUGGCUCAUCCUUGGCUCUUGCUGCGCAAGGUCCCCGUGACCGCUGAGCCUCUUUCCACGCACGCCGUGCGACUCCACUUCAACCACACCGCGAUCAGUUUUGCCAAGGGUGUCCAAGUCACAAAGCACCCUCUCCGUGAUUGGCACAGUUUUGCCGGUUUCCCUGAUCCGGACCCGACUGGCAAGAGCAACUUGAAAAGCUGGUCUAUCGUGGUGUCAAAGGCCGGCGACUGGACCGCCGACACAAUUGCCAACCCCCCAACCCACCUCUGGAAGCGUGGAGCGCUGAUGCGUGGUGUUGGCUACGGUCUGCGUCUUUUCAACCGUAUCAUCAUCGUCACAACCGGUUCUGGGAUCGGUCCUUGUCUUGGUUUCCUCGGUGAUGAAAACCGACCCGCCAUCAAGGUCAUCUGGCAGACUCGUACUCCCGUGAAAACAUACGGCCAGGAUGUCGUCGAUCUCGUCCACAAGAUGGGCCCCGAUCCAAUCAUCUGGGAUACCUCUACCGAUGGACGUAUUGACAUGCUGCCCAUGGUGAGACAGCAAGUCAAGGAAUUUGAAGCGGAAGCUGUGUUCGUCAUUAGCAACCCUUCAAUGACCCAAAAAAUUGUUUACGAAUUUGAAUCUCAAGGAAUCCCGGCAUAUGGUCCGAUCUUUGACUCAUGA